AUGGUUCGCGAGGAGUUGAUCUCCUCUGCUGUGACAUUCCUGCAGGACCCGUCUGUCGCCUCGGCUCCGAUUGAGAAGAGAGUAUCUUUCCUACAAUCGAAGAACCUCACAAAAGAAGAGAUAGAUGUAGCUCUCGCUCGCGCCGGCGAGGACCCGUCAGUGGCCGCUGCAGCAUCGUCAGCAGCAUCGGGGUAUCAAUCCCCACCACAGCAAGCGGUCUACCAGCCUCCCCCUCCACCACCACAAGGAUAUGGCUAUCCUCCAUAUGGCCAGUGGCAACCUCCUCCCCCCGAGCCGCCGAAACGGGACUGGCGCGACUGGUUUAUAAUGGCUACAGUCAUGGGAGGAGUUGGUUAUGGCCUUUACUUUGUAGCAAAGCGAUACAUUUCGCCUCUCAUCGCACCGCCGACUCCACCGCAAUUGGAGCAGGACAAGCAAAAUAUCGAUGAGCAGUUUUCUCGGGCCUUCGCUUUGAUUGAACAGCUCUCCACGGAUACCGCCGCGCUAAAGACGGCCGAAGAAGCCCGUACCGAAAAAUUGGACGUUACCUUGCGAGACAUAGAAACGCUGGUUGCCGACUUGAAAACUGCUUCGCGACGGCGAGAUGAUGAGACUCGUCGUAUCAAUGAUGAGGUUAAUGCACUAAAGGAUGCCAUUCCAAAGGCGCUUGAAGGUGCCCGAGAAGGCAACGAGAACCGCCUACGGGAACUCGGGACUGAAUUAAGGAGCUUGAAGACACUUCUGGGUAAUAGACUUGGCGGAGGUGCUGCGUCCUCGCCGGUCACCGCGAAGGUGCCUGAUACCACUGCGGCUAGUACCUCUGAGUCCACUUCAUCUUCAGCUCUUCCUGCAAGCUCAGCCCUGCCAGCCAGCAACGCCGCUACCCCCGCUACACCCCAAACUGAAACCGCCUCUGGAGCAGCACAAGCGACCCAGACUCCGAGCACCGACGCUAACAACCCCCUGUCACGAUUCAGCAAAUCACCCUCAAUUCCCGCCUGGCAGUUGGCCGCCGCAAACCGAUCCAAGCCCGCAUCUCCCUCCGUCGAGCCUGCUAGUGAAGAAUCUACCAACAACCAGUCGAGCGCGCCCGCCAGCUAA